CGCUAACAGGAAAUAAACAAAGGCGGACAAGCUUAGAGGAGGGAACAGACACAGAGUCGACCCUGUAACUUUCAUUAAAAUCUGUGGGCAGGAUUGGGCGUAUGCACCAGCAGCAGCUGAGUAAACAGUUCUUACCAUCAUGAUGAAAACUAAGAGACAGGACAACUUCGAGGUGAUGUGUGAGUGGGGUGGAUGCGACUUCAAGGGACACACCAUGGAGGAGCUGAGUGACCAUAUGUCUCUCCAUUUAAAGGACUACCUUGGAGACAGUGAUGCUUUAGAAGAUCUGGAUGAGUAUGCUUGUCUCUGGACUGGUUGUGAGUUUCUAUCCAUGGGCAGCCCCACAGAGCUGGAAGUCCAUGCUUACUUCCACAACUACCAUGGAAAGCUCAAGUUCAUCGGAUCUCAGCUCCUCAAAUCCCGUCCUGAUCUGCCAGUGUGCAACCAGGUUGUGCACAGCAACAACCAGGUCCCUGAAGGAUCAGAGGGAUACCUCUGCCAGUGGGAGAACUGUGAUAGUAUGUUCAACAACCCUGAGUGGUUCUACCGACAUGUGGAUAAUCAUGUUGAGAGUGCGGAGUCAGAGUCUCUCCCACAACAACAGCAGGCUCUUUUCUGCCACUGGACAGGCUGUGAUGCUUACUUCAAGAUCAAAUACCGUUUGAGGGAACACAUGCGGAGUCACACUCAGGAGAGACUCGUAGCUUGUCCUACAUGUGGCAGCAUGUUCUCCAGUAACACUAAGCUUUUUGACCACUUACACAGGCAGGCCGAGCCAGUAGAGUCGUUGGUAUGUGAACAUUGUGGCAAGGCUUUUUCCAGUGAGAGGCUUUUGAGAGAUCAUGUUCGUCAGCAUGUGAACCAGGUGAAGUGUCCCUUUUGUGAUAUGACGUGCACCACUUUGGCAGCUCUAAAGAUCCACAUCCGUUUCCGUCACUGUGACGAGCGGCCCUAUCCCUGUGACUUCUGUGACAAGAGAUUUAAGAACCAGCGUGAUCUCCAGAAGCACACAGAAGUUCACAAUGAGGGCACCGUGUAUCACUGCACAGUGGAGGGCUGUGAUUAUUCAUGCCACACUUUCCCAACUAUGAGCCAUCACUUCAAGAGAGUGCACGAGGUUGGGGGAAUGUCCAAGUACAAGUGCCAUAUCUGUGAUAAGGUGUUCUCCUGGUGUUACACUCUCACUCUUCAUCUUCGCAAGAAGCAUGAACUGAAAUGGCCCUCAGGACAUUCCCGCUUUAGGUACAGGAAGGACGUGGACGGCUUUCUAAAAGUAAACAUGGUGCGCUUUGAGACUGUAGAAGUGACUAAGGAGAUCAUGAAGAACAUGGGUAAAAAGCCACAGAGCCUUCGUAAAAGUCAGAGAACCAACAGCCAGAACAAGAGGAUGGAGGUCCCGCCGGAGAGCGGUCUCAGCUCCCCUGCAGGAUCGUCCUCGCCCUCCUCCUGCUCCUGCUCCUCCUCCUCAUACUCCUCAGAGCUCUCUGGAGGGGAAGACAUUUCAUCUCAGCCCAGCCCAAGAGGCAGCGACUCCCCCGUCUACUGCAUCAUGAGCACCAUCCCUCACAUUGAGGAGGAGUCUAGAGGAUUGUCUCAGGAGGACUGCGAUGGUGGUGGGACGUCUGGUGCGGUGCAGGCGCUCACAGAGGUGGCGAGGGGCUUGGGGAUGGAUGUAGUGUAAGCUGUGCUGCACUGAACUGAUUUUCCUCUUGUUCAUUAUUGUUUAUUUUGCUGUGAAGCUUAAGAGGAGGCUUUACUGGAAUUUUAGUUUACAGCCAAAGCUCCUUUAGGAUGUGUUGUUAUUGAGAUAUUUGUCUCUGCACUGGUUUUAGAGACAUAUUUUGAUGUCGGCUUCCAUUCAUGAAACAUAACUGAAUGUUUCUGUAAAGCUUGUGUGAAUGAUGUAAGGUAUCAGCACUACAAAGCCAGUUCUGUAAUGUUGUCUUAGUAUGUAAUUUACACAUUAGGUACAUUUCCAGAAUGUUUCAAUGAUGCUACACAUUUUAUGUAGGAUGAGUAUGGAUGGAUUUUAUUGGUAAAAAUUCAAUACAUUUUUUGAUAGAAAA